AUGAAAAAUCUAAACCCUCCAUUCCACUUAGCGUUUUCCAGACCCAAGUUACCCAUCUUCAACAUCCAAAGCUCCAAAUCUUCCAACCUCAAAGACUUGUUGGUGAAUUUGAGUUUUGAAAACCCGAACAAGAUGAUCAAAGUGAGGUUUCAAAGCUCUUCUACGCUACUACUCUUCAACAACAAUCUGGUUGAUUGGCAAUUCAUCUAUCCAUUCAACUUGUCCACUCACGAGACCAAAUUUGGGUUUGUAAGAUUCGCCUCAGACUUCAGGAGCCUUCAUGAAAACGACAAGAUGGAUCUCCAGAAACAGCUGCAGAACAACAAACUCGAAUUCCAGAUUCUAACCAUCUUCAGAGUCAGAGCAACUUUGGGAUCUUUACACUACUCCAUCAUGCUGCUUGGGAGGUGCGAGCUUCAGCUUACAUCUCCACCAAACGGACUCCUGCUUAUUCAUCAUUGCACCACAAAGAAGACGAAGAAGAAGAACUGA